AUGGGAGAAGGCUAUGGCAGUUGCAACCCUCCCACCCCCAGCCCCCUCCUAAUGACUCUGAUAAUGACGUUCACCAAUCUGAUUCUUCCGAAAAAAGUGAUGACGCUUCUGAAAAUCCAGCUGCUCAAAAACCUGAUGAUGCUGAUGACGGUGGGCAGGUUUUCUAAUGAUCCUGGCGAGGGAACUAGCAACCAGCCGGACACUGCCGAUAACAGUCAUCAGGCCACUGCAGAUUCUGGUGAAAGAACAGGCUGCGUUCUCAUCAUGUGCUACAAUCGCUUACGAAACAUAUCUGACUACUGGUCCAUGCAAGAAUCCAUGGGAAAUGUAGCUAUAAAGAAAGCUAUAUCAAGGAACAGGUUUCAGUUGUUGAUGUCGAAGCUGUACUUCAACCUGCCAAACAAACCUGAGAAUGCUACCAAGACUUAUUAUGUAGAUGAAUUAGUUUCUUGUUUGAAACAUACUUUUCCUGAGGCAAGAACAGAAGCAACAUUUCAAAGCAUUGAUGAAUCAAUGGCUAAGUUCAAGGGUAAAGAUCUUGAAAAAGUGGACGGUUCAUUAGGUGAAAGAGUUGUGGGCAAACUUUCGUCAACUGUAAGAGGUGACAAGGAAGAAGUUGUGCUGUCAUUUGAUCGUUUUUUCACCUCAGUCAAAUUGUUAUGUGAAACACGCCAUCCUAGUGUCGCAACUUGCAUCGGGAACAGGGAAGGUGUAGUAGCAGUGUCAUGGAAGGAUUCUAAGCAGUUUGUUGUCCUGAGUAACUUACACUCAGACACUGUGACAACAGUCAAGAGAAUGCAACAAAAUGGAGAAAGAAAGGAUGUUACAUGCCCUGAAGCUAUUGCUUUAUACAAUGAAAUAAUGGGAGGAGUUGAUAUUUCUGAUCAAAAAGUAGGUGUGUACGAUUUUGAUAGAAAGUCAAAAAAAUGGUGGAAAAAGGUGUUCUAUAAACUUCUUCUAACAUCAGUUGUCAACGCAUGGAUUUUGCACCAAGAAGUUCAACACAGGAAAACGUCUCUUCUGACGUUCAUGGUGCCUCUAGCGGAACAGCUGCUCGCCGAAGGAUCAACAAAUACUUCAGUCAAAAGAAGAGCUAGCAUUGGAAGAACAUCAAAGAGAGUGAAAACAAUGUCAAACGUCGGUACUCAUUUGCCUGUGGAAGGACAGACCAGAAGAAGAUGCAAGCGCUGCUCGGAUCACCAGACAGAAAACCGAACAAAAACCAUGUGCGCAGAAUGUGACCUCCCACUUUGUUCAAGGGAAUACCUACUACAGUGA